AAGCAACGAUUGGAGAUGAUAGAAAAGUCGCAUGUUUUGGCGAGAGCUUCAUAGCUUGUCAUCUGUUCGUCAGCGCAGUUCCCCACAUCCGCGCCCAAAAGGGGAACAUCACUCGGCAGCUUGUCACUGCACUGAAGCUGGUGGAGGCUGUGCAAGGCAUGCACGCUGCUCGAUUGAAGAUGGAGCUGACGCGGAUGGAACGAUGUCGCGCUGUAGAUAAGAUGCGCUGAAGGACGCCCACGUGCAGCUCUAUUCCGUCAAUUCUGUUCUUCACAUCCGCAUUUGAUCAAGCACCCGGAAGACAUCACCGAAUCAGGCCAGCGGCAUCCAGCUUUCACCCAGAGGCACGCGAUCACAUUCCAAGAAGCUGCAAGUCGUACUCCCACUCUGCCAGCGCCAUGGCCGCCGUCGAUCAAGCAACCUACGCCCUCCUCCAACCACCCAGCUUCGACGUGCUCCCCGACACCGACGUCAAGCUAGGCUCCAUCCAUCCCCGCACAAAGACAUCUCCCUACCGCCCCGACACGAAGCGAAUCCUGAACCGCUCCAGCAGAAUCGACGUCCCGGAAGAACUUCUCCGCAAGAGCACCGAUCCAAACGUCGUCCUCGACAGCGAUAAAUUACGCUCCGGUGGCGCGGGGAUCAAGCUCCAUCUUCCUUUCUUGCAGGGCGUUGGCGGAAACGUCUCUGGUCAAGGCUCGAAUGCGUCGUUUGUUUAUAUCCAUGCGAAGGACGUCGAGACGCAGUGGUUCCUACCUGAUGAUGCGUAUUUCGAGAAGGCGCUGCAGGGCGUUGCGGUCAAGCAGCAGAUCUUCAACGUCAUGAGGCCUUCAUUUUUCCUGGUCACGGGCGUCAAGAUUGCGGAGAGCGCGGUCAUCGUCACGGGCUAUGCGAAAGAUCGUGGAGGAGAAAUCGGUCCUGAGAUUGAUUUGACGCCGUUGGGGAUUCCGGUCGAGAUUGGCGCGAGCAUCAAUGCCAGGCGCAAAGAUCAUCACAUCGUUGUCGUCGAGAAGAAGGCGAGGUUCGUCCUUGCUUUCGAGACGAGGCGGAUCAGGAAGAAGAGGCAAGGGUAUGAUGAGGAAUCAUAUAACCGUGACGGGGUCCUCGACGAUCAGCGUAAGCGACCGUCAACGAGUCUACUCGAUGAGUUGGAUUAUGAUGAAGCCGCCUAUGAAGUGGAUGAUGCAUGAUGUAAACGGGAUAUACAAUAGCGGAAAUGUCAAAUAUGCCAGUCAGAUCAUUCGUCGUCGUCGUAAUCUUCCAUAAGCGUCAUGAUCGUGUGACAGAUAUGUCCCGACAGCAUGCUCCGCUCGACAGCUCCCAUCCCGUCCAGCAAGGACCAAGGC